AUGUUCAGAGCCCCACCCAAUGAGCUCUGUCCACGAUCACCUGCUCCGAUCGCGAACUGCUGGAAUCCGCCUGCCCUAGAAGGAGGAAAGCUGGGAGGCGAAUUACCACGAACUGUUGUCAAGAUUGGCGAGGUCGCUCGGAACCUGCAUAUGGCAACUCUCAACAACGGAGACCCCGAUGUCCUGCCACUGGGCGCAAGUGUCCUGGCUGACUUGAUCAAUCGGAAGAAUAACAGCUCCGGCUCCUUGGCCACAAGCUUCUUCGGCUCACCCAGACGUCAGCAACCCCAACUUAACCCGCCUGUGAUGUAUCAGCCACCGACGGUUAACCAGAGACCUCCCAUGGCACAACCCUCGAACCAAUGGCCGGGCAGUCAACCCGGUCUUGGCGCCUACAACAAUGAUCCGUAUAGGCCCCGUGAAACACAGCCUGAACGGGUAAGCCGUUUUCCCGUGGUUGGGGGGAGUACUAUACUGGCUUGA